AUGAACUCCUUCCGCUUCGCGCGCGCGGCCCUCCGAGCCCCGCAGAACCUACGCAGAUGCCGUCCCGGACAAGGCAAGCAGCCCGAGCCUGCAUCCUCCGAGCCGGAGGCAUCCCGAGUACCCGCUGACCAUUUGCAGAUCAAGCUGAGCUUGUCCCUUCCUCACCAGUCCAUCUACCAGUCCCAGGAUGUCGUCCAGGUCAACAUCCCCGCCGACUCCGGCGAGAUGGGUGUCCUCGCCAACCACGUUCCCGCCAUUGAGCAGCUGAAGCCCGGUCUGGUCGAGGUUGUCGAGGAGAGCGGCCCCAGCAAGCAGUUCUUCCUGUCCGGCGGCUUUGCCGUUGUCCAGCCCAACUCUGUCCUCAGCAUCAACGCCACCGAGGGAUACCCCAUUGAGGACUUCAGCGCCGAGGCUGUCAAGUCCCAGCUCGCCGAGGCCCAGAAGGUCGCCAGCGGCAGUGGAAGCGAGUUGGAGAUCGCCGAGGCGAAGAUUGAGGUCGAGGUUCUUGAGAGCCUCCAGGCUGCCCUGAAAUAG